AGCUAUUUCCUGAGCAUUAAAUCCAACGACUUGUGUGCCAAAAUGGAGAAAUGCAAAACGACAACGACGACGAGAAAACAACCAUGAUGUACUAAACGCAGGAGACGACUCUGACCAACGAAAUCGUCGUUCUCUUUCACUAUCCAUUCCAUUACGAUACUGAUACCUACAAUGACUCUUAAACUUCAAACAGUGAUCUCCACCGCCGCCUCCGUCGCGGCCACCGCCAUGCUCCUCCGUUCCUUGACCAGAGACUACCUCCCUCACGACCUCCACCACUACCUCCACUCCAAACUCUCGAAAAUCCUCACUGCACUCUCCUCCGAAAUCACCCUCGUCAUCAACGAAUUCGAAGCCCUAACAAACAACCACCUCUUCCACGCCGCACUACUCUACCUCAAACCCCACACCACACCCAACACAAAGCGCUUCAGAGCCACCAUGCCUGCGAAAUCCUCGCACAUCUCCCUCCUCAUCGACCGCAACAACGAAAUCUCCGACACCUUCAACGGCGUCCAAUUCAACUGGAAGCUCGUCUCCGAACAAAUCCCCUCCAAAUACAUCCAAUCCGACGAUUACCACUCCACCUUGAGAUCGGAGGUUCGAUUCUUCGAAUUGCGGUUCCACAAGAAGCACAAGGAGAUGGUGUUGCGAGAGUACUUACAACACGUGAUGGAGAAGGCGAAAGAGGCGAGGGAGAAGAGGAAGACGCUGAAGCUCUUCACUCUGAGGGAUCGGAGAAUGGGAGGGAGGAGGCGCGAGAUGUGGCAGGGCGUGAAUUUGGAUCAUCCUGCGACGUUUGAGACUUUGGCGAUGGAUUCAGAUAUGAAGAGUAUGAUAAUGGAGGAUUUGGAUAGGUUUGUGGAGAGAAGGGGUUUGUAUAGGAGUGUGGGGAAAGCGUGGAAACGUGGGUACUUGCUUUCUGGGCCUCCUGGGACUGGAAAAUCGAGCUUGAUUGCUGCAAUGGCUAAUUAUCUGAAUUUUGAUGUUUAUGAUUUGGAGUUGACUGAUGUUAAGCGUAAUUCUGAGUUGAGGAAGUUGUUGAUUGCGACGGCGAAUCGUUCUAUUCUUGUGGUGGAAGAUAUUGAUUGUUCCCUUGAGCUCCAUGAUAGGCUUAAGCCGAAACCAGUGAUUACACUUACAGCAACCACUAUGCCCCACCACCUAUUUGAUGAUCAAAAACCCCAGGUGACUUUAUCGGGAUUUCUGAAUUUCGUAGAUGGGUUGUGGUCGAGCUGUGGGGAUGAGCGGAUCAUAGUGUUCACAACCAAUCACAAAGAGAAAUUGGACCCUGCUCUGUUGCGCCCUGGCCGAAUGGAUGUGCACAUCGACAUGACAUACUGCACCCCAUGCGGGUUCAAAAUGCUGGCUUCCAAUUACCUCGGGAUCACACAACACCCACUUUUUGAUGAAGUAGACAAGUUGCUAGGGACGACGAAUGUCACUCCUGCAGAGGUGGGUGAGCAGUUUUUGAAGUAUGAGGACCCUGAAAUUGCUGUCAAAAGCCUGCUCCAUCUCCUUAUAGAGAAGGGCAAUUAGAUUUAAUACAAGCGUCUUUUGUAUCAAAAACUAAAUAAACAACAACAGAAAAAGGGAACAACUAUAAGCGUGACUGACACAACAGGUGAAUGUGGUAUUUUAAGGAUUACACUAAUCUGACCCCUUUUUAUAGGGUCAAUUUUUUUUUUAAAUAUGGCCUUUUAUUAU